UAUGGUUUGCUACGACUUGUUGCUCGUUCUUCCUUUUUCUUGUUGGGAUGAGAAAUCUUUUGUACUUAAUUCAACAAUAAGCUCAGCCUUAGAACGUCUGCGGAGAGAAGCAACGGCGGAAGAUAUAAGAGACAAGAGAAUUAUUAGACGCUUUGAUAAUUGCCAUGACAAUCUAUUCAAUAAUCUACAUUUGAUAGACGAACUAGACAUAACCACUCGAACGGUAAUGGUACAUAACGACUACGAAGAUUGCGCAACUUUUAAGAGAUUUCAACGUUGGAAGAAUGAAUUAAGGAUAUCUUCAACAUGCGAUUUAGUACCGAAAGCGGAGCAAACUUUUCAAAUAUUUAACGUAAUUUUAUAUAGAUUCCAAUGGAAAUAUUUGACAAUUAUCUAUUCGCCGAAUUCACCUUUUUCCAGCCAAUCUAAAGAUUUAUUUAUUGAAUUACAUAACGGAGGAUUUAUUAUCGAAAAAUUCAUUCCAACUUCCCUAAACAAUUACCAACAAGUUACCGAUUCUAUUGAAAAUUUAAGAUCAAACGCAGACGACGCCGACGCUUUCAGCAACCGAGACGACAUUGAUCAUUUACUUUUCGUGGCUAUAACUCAAACUGACCAACUACUUGAAAAAGGCCAUAUUCAAAAUACAUCCAUUCCGACUUAUCGAUCAGCCAUCUUUGUCGACUCUAACUCAGUUUAUAACUGGACUUAUUUCCUUUGGGAUUAUCAACCAUCUCAAGAUAAUUUUCUUCCAGUUCUCAAGAUUACAAACAACAAUCCCGCCUCCAAAAGUUUUCACAUUGCUCAAUUAAAUACAACCAUCGAUUGGCCCGAUCCAUCAAUUCUUCGAUCGGAUAGAUGUUACUUUGAAAAUUGUGAUGAUGAAUCAAAUUUGGCUGUUAUUUUGGCUGUUUCAAUUGUUCUCUUUUUAGUUGCCAUAUUUGUUACAUCCGUUGUUAUUUAUAUUGCAAGACGACACGUCACUAAAAGUGCUCUGGCUAAGGGACCGAAUAAAAUAAUUUUAUCGGACGAUGACCUAAUUUUAAUUAGCGCCAAAGUUCAAAAAAAUUCAAGACCUAGUACAAGCUUCGACAAACCAGAAACGGUAAAAUCAUCUGCAGCGUCAAUUUCUGUAGCAAGUGGACAGGAUAUGGAUAUUCCUCAAACAGCAAGAUAUAACGGUGAACUCGUCUACGUUAAAGAACUUCAUAUUAAAGCUUUUGAAAUGAAAACUAAAGUUUUUAAAUAUUUAAGACAGCUGAAAGAAUUGCGGUAUGAAAAUGUUACAACGUUCAUCGGCUGCUAUAUAACCGUUCCAUGCGUUGUAUGGGAGUAUUGUUCACGGCACAGUUUACAAGAUGUUAUUUAUAAUGAUAAUAUGAAAUUAGACUGGACUUUUAAAGUUUCUCUUUUAACUGAUUUAGUUAAGGGUAUGCGAUAUCUUCAUUCAAGUCCUUUAAGAAUGCACGGAAACUUAAAAUCUGGAAAUUGUGUAAUAGAUAGUCGUUGGGUGCUCAAAGUUACUGAUUUCUGCAUAUCGACUCUAUACGAUGCUCAUCAAUCAACUCGGUAUCUAUUAUCGAAAGAUUUAUUAUGGAUUGCUCCUGAGCAUCUUCGCGAGGAGAAUCCAUCGCAAAAGGGCUCUCCAAAAGGCGAUAUAUAUAGCUUUUCUCUUAUCUUGCAAGAAGUUAUUGUACGAAAACCCCCAUUUGCUAUGCUAGAUCUAGACGUUGACGAAAUCAUUAAAAAGUUGAAAAAACCACCACCCCUUUGUAGGCCUUCUGUAAGUCAGAAUGCCGCUCCACCCGAAUAUAUUCAGUUAAUGAAGAGGUGUUGGGCGGAAAUGCCAGAUAUGAGGCCAGAUUUUGACUUAAUACAUCAACAAUUUAAGGAUAUGAAUAAGGGAAAGAAGACGAAUAUCGUGGAUUCCAUGUUUUCGAUGCUUGAAAAAUACUCGAAUGACUUGGAAGAUAUCGUUAGGGAAAGAACAACUCAAUUGGAGGAAGAAAAGAAAAAAUCUGAGCAACUCUUAACUCGUAUGUUGCCUCCGAGCGUUGCUUCAAGCCUUCUUUCAGGAACGACAGUCGAAGCGGAACAGUAUGACGAAGUUUCCAUUUAUUUUUCAGACAUAGUCGGUUUUACAACUAUUUCUGCAAUGUCUACUCCUAUGCAGGUGGUUGAUCUCUUGAAUGACCUAUACACGAUGUUUGACGCCGUCCUUGAUCAUUAUGACGUAUAUAAAGUGGAAACCAUUGGAGAUGCCUACAUGGUGGCAAGUGGUCUUCCAGUUCGAAAUGGCAAUAAACAUGCUGGGGAAGUGAGCACAGUUGCCUUACAUCUUUUAUCGGAAUGCGGAAAUUUUACUAUUCGACAUAUGAAGCACGUCCCUAUGAGAUUACGAAUCGGUAUUCACACUGGACCAUGCGUUGCCGGCGUCGUUGGCUUAACAAUGCCAAGGUAUUGCCUAUUCGGAGAUACUGUCAAUACUGCAUCACGCAUGGAAAGCACCGGAGCCCCGUUUCGAAUUCACAUUAGCCAAUCAACGAAAAGCAUUCUAGAUAAUUUAGGCAGUUAUAAAAUUGAAUUACGUGGUGAAACCGAACUAAAAGGCAAAGGCAAAUUCAACACGUAUUGGCUAGUAGGAAAAGAAGGAUUUAGUAUGCCACUUCCGGAUCCUCCUUCCGUUGGCGGCAACAACACUCACGGGUUGUCUUCUGUUAUAAAACAAUGUAAAUUGGAGAAAAACGAAGAAGAAGUAGCAGAAGGAGGAGAAGGAGGAGGAGGAACAGUAGAAGAAAUUGACGAACAACGAAAAAAUGAAGUGGAAGAAUUAUCGUUAACUAAUAAACAAACAAAAAUGACAAUGAUGGAUGAAAGAGGAUCAGAUACUAAUGGAAAAGUUUUAAAUUCCUUCAUAUCAGCCAACGUAAUGAAGAUCGAAGAGAAUCAAACAAAAAUUUAA